UUCUGUCCUCCACAUUGGACCUAUUGGACCUCAGCGAGCCCGGAGAGAGAAGGAACAGCAAGCAGGACAAGAAUAGCCCCCUGUUGUCACGUGGGGACGGGCCUAAGAACAUGCCUCACCGGAAGAAGACAACGGACGAGACCGAGCUGAUCCAGGUGGAUGUAGAGCAGACUGUCCCCUGUCCCCACACUCCUGAAAGAGUGUCACUUGACUCAGUCAACAUUGCCUCUCCUUUGGAGAAAUGGGAGGAGCUCAAUGUCCACACUGAACGAAACAGCAGCAGAAAGUGGAAAUUGGAGAGACGGGGUUCAUCGAAAAACUCCUCCAGUGAACUUCUGUGGUCCAUAGACUGCAAAACGCAAUCAGAGCCACCCUCCAAGAGCUCUUUGGAAGUAAAUACCAUAGCAGAGGCCGAGCCAGCUCUAGCAUUUCAACUCAACAGACAGUAUAUUAGUGGAAGACAUGGCCGUUUGAGUAAAGAGCGGUUCGGUGGCGGUGCCCUCCUGUCCAGAAACCAGUCCCUGGAGGAAGAGUUUGAGCGAGCCAAGGCAGCUGUGGAGGUAAGAGGAGGGGGAUUGAGUUUGAGCGAGCCAAGGCAGCUGUGGAG